GAGCGGUCCACUAGAAGGAGACACACACAUCGGGAGGACCCGGCUCCUUUAAGCAGACCAAGCCCCUAAAAGCAUGAUGCGUCUGCGCAACCGGAGCUAAGUGCAGGAACUGGUGGGAGAAAGAGGAAGUGAGGAAUGGGGCUUCGCUCCUGCGAUCGGGGUCGAGGGCUGAGCUUGGCAGUCAGAGCACGGCCUUCGUUGCCUGGGGGCUCUUCCCCAUGUCUGUUCCACGCGUGUAACUUUGGAAGCAAAUCCCAUUGAUUGCAACGGGCCUUGAAGCCAAGAAAAGUCAGCGUCAGAUCGCAGCUUUCGCUUAUUCGCUAACAUUGCAGAUCCUGGAAGGAGUGCUCUGUGUAUGUGCUUGUGUGUGUGUGUGUGUGUGUGUGUGUGCGUGCGUGCGCGCGCGCGCUUGCACAAAGUGAGAGUGAGAUCUUGCUUUGCAUGGCGGUGACCUGAGCGGCACCUUCUGCGAGUGAGUAUUGACAAGCUACUUCCUGCUUCUCUUCUCCCCCCCCCCCCCUUUCCAUGAUGAACAGGAUCCAGCUGAAGCGAUCCGGGAUCCUUAAGAUGGCCCUCAGCGGCAUCUCGGACCCCCUGCUCCAGGAGGAAGAGGGGGAGAGUGGUAGCAGGCAGUCUUCUUUCCUGCUCAGAGCUGUGCAAAUUGCCACGGUGGUCUCUCUGUACUGGUUUAUCUCCAUCACCAUGGUUUUCCUCAAUAAGUACCUGUUGGGCAGCCCCACGCUGCGCCUCGACGCCCCUCUUUUUGUCACAUUUUACCAGUGCCUUAUCACCGUCCUCAUCUGUAAGCUGUUGAGCCUUCUGGCCUCCUUCUGCCCACCGAGCUAUCUGGACUUCCCUUCCAUCCGCAUGGACCUCAAGGUGUCCCGCAGUGUCUUACCCCUCUCUGUGGUUUUUAUUGGCAUGAUUACUUUCAAUAACCUGUGUCUCAAAUAUGUCGGCGUGGCUUUCUACAAUGUGGGCCGAUCCCUCACCACUGUCUUCAACGUGCUGCUUUCUUACCUGCUGCUGAAGCAAACCACUUCCCUUUAUGCGCUUUUGACCUGUGGGGUGAUCAUAGGUGGCUUCUGGCUUGGUAUAGAUCAAGAGGGAGCAGAAGGUACUUUGUCAUGGGCUGGCAUAGUUUUUGGAAUCCUGGCCAGUCUCUGCGUCUCACUGAAUGCAAUUUACACUAAAAAAGUCCUUCCUGCUGUGGAUGGCAGCAUUUGGCGACUGACUUUCUAUAACAACAUCAAUGCCUGUGUCUUGUUCUUGCCAUUCAUGUUGCUCUCUGGUGACUUUCAAACUCUAUACCACUUUGAUAAGUUGGGAAACCUCUACUUCUGGGGCAUGAUGACCCUAAGUGGGCUGUUUGGAUUUGCCAUUGGUUAUGUGACAGGGCUCCAGAUAAAAUUUACUAGCCCUCUAACUCACAAUGUCUCUGGGACAGCCAAGGCAUGUGCCCAGACAGUACUAGCUGUCUGCUACUAUGAAGAAACCAAGAGCUUUUUAUGGUGGACUAGCAAUAUGAUGGUUCUAGGUGGCUCCUUUGCCUACACAUGGGUGAAAGGGUUGGAAAUGAAGAAGAUCCAAGAAGAACCUGUUCCAAAAGCAAAUGAGAAAAAUGAGACUGGUGUCUAAACUAAUCCAGCCUGCACCUAACUAUGUGAAUGUCUCAUAUCCAAAUGUGCACGGAACUGAACCUCAUUGGAAGGGACUGGGUUUGAGGCCUGCAAGGCAGGACAAUUCCGUGACCUGAGAGCUGGGAGCAGAACUAAAGUCUUCCACACUUAACAAGAAUUUGCAGCAGUAAUCAUGGUAAAAGGAGGAAGGGUGUGAUAUAUAGGAGGUGACACGGUGGUGGUGGGAUAGUCAGCUACUGUAAAGAUCUCUGUGUCUACAAAGGCCCGUUUUUAAAUGGCUGUUGUCCCUUGUAAGUCUCAAGGAUGUAUAACUGGGUUUUUCUCUUGAUUAGAAGGCGUAUUCUAUUCAAACACCAAUGAAUCCUAGAUGGGUUGUGGUUCUACUUUUUGGGAGUAAGUUGUCUGUGCAGGUGUAUCUUUUUAUUAUUUGGCAUCUUGCCAAACAUACUGAGCAAUUCAGUGUAUUAAAGGGGAAGCCUUUCCUGCCAGCUAGUCUCUUGGCCAACUCGGCACAUGCAAGGUUGGCUAUUAACUCCUCCUGCCCCUAUGGGGCAUAUGUUUAGCAAGAAGUAUCAGGCCUCGUGUCAGUGAAUGGAAAUAUUUGAGUGUAUGAGUCAAAUGAAUGCUGAAGAGCAUUUUAGUCAAUGGCAUUUUUUCCAGCAAGUUUACUUGUAGGAGGAAACCUUUCCUGUUGAUUGCCUCACUCUAAUAGUCCUCAGUAGAAAUGAAGGCCAGUGUAAGAAGAAAGGGGCUUUGAAAUUGCGAUGAUCUGGUUUUCUCAAAACCAAUGGACAAAUUCUAGCUCCAAUUGAGUAAUACUGUAAUACAACCUGUUCCCAACUCCAAGAUUAAUAAUGAAGUGGGAGAUAUCAUUUGUUGACCUAACUUACUUAAUGCACAAUGAAGGAAGCAAAAAGUCAGCAUGCCUUUGUUCUCAGAACAAUAGGUUUCAGGUUGUUGUCUUUUGUUCUUUUAAAAAAAUUUCUCCUUUGCUGAGUGCGUUGCCAAGGGCUCCAAGAGCCCAAAUCUGAUUGGACCCACUUGCUACCUUGGCUAGAUAUUUUGGCAGCAGGAGUAGAUUCUCUCCAACCCAACCCAAUUUUGACUUACUUUGCUGAUUUGUCAUUGUUAAACUUUAAUAAAAGUAUGAUUUCUA